UUACUAUUGGACGACGCGUCCCGGCGACGAGAGCAAAUAUGGCGAGCACUCGCGAGGACAGUUCGGAGGUGUUUGAUGUGCAACCGCUCGCAGCCGUCACCGAGCCUACACCGGACGGUGACAGCGAAGAAGGCGCCUUCAUAUAUCCAAGUGUGGCAGAUGAUUCAGACGAGGAGUUCGUGUAUCCGGCCACCUCUGAAAACACCACAGUAAACGAUCCAUCUCCUCCGGCUCCUUCGCCUGAACCAACAACUUCAGCCACCGAGUCAACGACACGCGCUGAACAAUCCCCAUCACCCUUCGCUCUCCCAGUCCAACCCAUACAAAACCAGUCUCACCCUUCUCCUGCUCAGCUGGAAGCCCUUUGUGCUGCCGCUUCCUCUGGUGACCUCGCUCUUCUAGAAAAACUAUUUUCUACUGUUCUUCAGAGCGGUGAGCUGGAACCUUUUGCCCUUGCAAACGAUGCCUCCUCCCGCACAGGCUACACUGCUCUCCACUCCGCUGCUAGUCGCGGUUUUCUUGAUAUAGUUCGGUGGCUAAUCGAAGAAUGUGGUGCCAUGCCAGACUUGGAAGAUCGCGAGGGGGAGGCUGCUCUUCAUGGUCACCUACCCAUCAUCAAAUAUCUGUUGCUGGAUAAGGCAGACGUCCACGCUCGCGACGCGGAUGGUUGGACAGCACUUCACAAUGCCUGUUCCAAGGGUUAUCUAGACAUCGUCAGGUGGCUAUGCGAACAGGGAGGGGCUGCAACCGAAUCCAAUAACAUCAAGGGGGUCGACCUCCCUAGCAAUGAUGGCUGGACCCCUCUAAUGAAUGCAGCGUCAAAGGGUCACCUUCCAGUCGUCCUCUACCUAUUAACGAAACAGGGAGCCAACCCUGUAGCAAGAAAUAACUGGGGCGAGACCGCUUAUGACGUGGCGGCGGCCGUGUUCGAAGUCUGGAUUUGCGAGGUACUUCAAAAAGCUGAAGCGGAACGCUGGCGUUACACCACUGUUCCCUACAACCCGCUAGCUGUUCAUACGACUGUUCCCUUGAUUUUGUACGAAUAUCAACGCCUUGACAUGCGCUUCAAAACUUUGGCGGUUUCUGGAGGGAAACCCAAAUUUUCCUCAUUUGGCCUAGGAAAACAUGGCCACCAUCCGCCGUUUGAACUGAGACUCCCGUCACCAGACGAGGAUACGGGUGCUGUAUUGGUCGCAUCAUCGCGUUCCGACGACCAGCGGCCACUCCGGACGGCUCCAUAUACUUUGUGCAAACCAUCCCGCGCAAGCAGGGCUAUGCCGGAGGCUACAGAGAAGAGUCAUUUUUGGCUGUCUGAUUGGACACUUGAUAUAACCCCCCCUGGAGUCGAUGCAGAAUUUGGCUGGCAGUAUGCUCCGGCGUUUGAUACUGCCGACGAAGAGUGGUCAGCAGAGCGCCCUCCACAGCUGGAGCGUCUUUUGUCUGGUAGUGGGUUCAUGACAGCCGGCUUGUCCACUUCCACCCGAACCUACAAUCACGUAGCAAAUGCUAGUUCAUCUGCAUCGUCGUCCCGAUCUGUUCAUGCACAAACUUGGGUACGCCGGAGACGUUGGGUGCGGCUCAUGCGUCGCCGCCUUGAUAUGCCCCCCUUACCAUUUAUGCAACCCGAUGGUGCUCUGUAUCAUCUAGCCACCGAUGGAACCUUAAUUCCCUGUAUCGGCGAAGUGGAGAACGGUAGCCCAGGAGAUCCAGAUGGACUGGAACUCGGAACUAUGCCCCCGAAUCCCCUUUCGUUGGCACAAGACUACGUUGCCCGUGCGAGGUAUCUUGUGGGAAAUCGUUCUCGUGAUACCGAGAUUGACAGGGAGGAGUUUCCUGCUAUAGAGGCGCGUCGAGUCAUUGCCAAACUAGAGCGAGCAACGACAGAAUUGCGCCAGGGCAUUCUAGGCGAUGACAAUCUUGAACGCAGAACGCAAGCUGAGGUUCUCUUGAAUACGUAUGGCAGAGAGCUCGAGCGACGUCGCCUCUCCGCGAGUGCUCAGGGUCUUAUCAUGUUGCAAUCGGAUGAUGACCCGGGUGAUGACAACAACGACGACGACGACGAAAAAGAGUUCCAUUACCCGGGCGGCUCGCCCUCGGAGUCAGUGCGCGCCUCCACUGUAGGACCUGCCUCAGCAGACCACCGGACUUCGGUUUCUAGGACUCCAUCAGAUCUUACGCCACAUUUAUCACAGGCAGCGGAGUUCCGCGUUCCCACCUGUGAAGCGCCUCAGAAAAUGGUCACUUCUAGAUGGCAACCUACCCCACACCUUAUCUACGCACGAUGGGAGAGAGACGAGGAGGUUACUGUUUGCAAUAAUUGCCGGCGGCGGUUUACUUUCAUUCUUCGUAGACACUGCCGCAAGUGUGGCCGCAUAUUCUGUGAUCGGUGUUCGUCACAUCGAGCUCCUCUUGACGCCUCAGACAUUGUCUAUGAUCCGGCUUUCACAGAGACUAUUGCUUCCGGCUCUCUUCAACGUGUUUGCGACUCCUGCUUCAGCGAACCGAACGCUAGUAUGCCCGCGAGAUACCAAACCUCAGGUGUUGUUGAGGACACGGUCGACCACGACAGGCUGGCAGCCCCCAAUCCUCUCUCACGACAGAUUUCUAGUUCACAGUUGAGUGACCUUGCAGAGUGUCCUGUCUGUGCAGUAAGCCUGGCAGACUUAGGACUACCGGCGGACCAAGAGGCCCAUGUGAAAGGUUGUUUAGAUGGCGGUCUAGGACCGUCUGCUCCUCAGGCGGCGAAAUAUCUGGUUUACAAGCUUCCAGCUGAAAGCACUUUGCUGGGUGUGGAAUGCGUCAUCUGCUUGGAAGAGUUCACCAAGGGGUCUCUGGUUGCACGACUGAGCUGUCUUUGUAGCUUCCACAAUGCUUGUUUCGUAUCUUGGCUGAAACGAGACAGAUACUGUCCCGUUCACGCUCGCUGAGUGCUAUGACCGACGACGUUUGGAUACCACUCGGAUUUGCUGGCUCGGAUGCAGAUACCAGAUCA